UUAAAUCUGUUAGUUUGAAUAAAAAUGACCUACAAGCACGCAAACUUUUGAAAAGACUUUAUUAGUGGCAAAACUGUUUAGUGUGGUGGAAAUGACGGCAAGACCAAGACUCUUAACAGAAUUAAUAUUUCCAUUAGAUGAUUUUUGAAAAACAUUUUCACAGUAAAUAGGUUUAUGUUUUCAGUCUUUGUUAAGUUUAAACAUGGAAUCAUUUGUCAUUUGAAAUGGGGUUUCAUAGUUUAAUAUUAAAAGUCUAGGUCUGGGACAAGGCUAAAACAAUCAUAUCUACAGUAUGUUUAAUAAAAAAUCAACCCCUCGGACAUGGAAGUGUCUGAAGUUAAAGAAACACACUGUUAGGGCUCACUCUCAACUAAGAAUGUUCUUUGUCCUUCACUUUUGUACCCAACAAAUAGCCUAAAAUCAAUUUAAAAAAUCAAACUUUACACCAAAGUCUGCCACAUUUCCCAAAACUAAACCUAGUCAGACAUGCACGUUUGUAAACAGAGCAGAGAUGUUGUUCUUCCACAACUUUUGAGGUGAGUCAGCUCCCACCAGUACCCAAAGAGAAAUCGUCACGAUACCCUGCCAUGCAUACUUGCAUAAUUUUCUUUUCACGUGUCAGGGGGAGUGGAGACAGAGGUAGGUAAGUUCACUGCUCGCACGCUGGAACACGUUGAAGUGCAGCGGCCAGGAUGUUCCAGCAGCUGCAGACUUGUUCCCUGCAGAAAGCCGCACGAUGGUGAAGAUGAUGAUGAUGAUGAUGAUGAUGAGCAUAUCGCACUUACUGAAUUAAUCCAAUGUGCAGAACUGGACUUGUUCAUGUGUUUCCAGGGUCGGGAAAAUAGACUUGAAUGGGGAAUGUUUGGACGGUGUCUGCGGUAAAUGUCUGAAAUGCAGAGUCACUGACCGGGCCUCACAUCUGCAGAAGGAAUUUCAUGAGCAUUGAGUGUGGCGACAGAGACGUGUAACGAGUGUUUAGGACUGGCUGCAGGGCUUUUGGAGAUUUGGAGGGGAAAUAUUAGCAGUGGGAAGGACAGACUCCAUGGCUCAGGAAAAGAAGAAAGGAGGGGUCCUUCCUCCAGACGGAGGGUGGGGAUGGAUGAUUGUGGCUGGCUGCUUUGUGGUCACUGUUUGCACUCGAGCUGUCACAAGAUGCAUCUCCAUAUUUUUCAUUGAAUUUCAAAUGAACUUUGCAAGAGAUUACUCUGGGACGGCAUGGAUUCAUUCGUUAGUGGACUGCACAACCAUGCUUUGUGCUCCACUUGGAAGCCUGAUCGGGAAUCGGUUGUCAUGUCGCAUAGCUGUAAUACUAGGAGGAUUCCUGGCCUCCAUUGGACUAGUUCUCAGCUCCUUCGCCACCAGUCUGGAAUAUCUUUACCUUUCCCUGGGAGUGUUAACUGGGAUUGGCUUCGCUCUUUGUUAUACUCCAGCUAUCACCAUGGUUGGGGUGUAUUUCUGUGAGAGAAAGGCUUUGGCCUAUGGCAUUGCCAUGUCUGGCAGUGGCAUUGGGACCUUCAUCCUGGCCCCGGUAGUGCAGCUGCUAAUCGAGCACUACUCAUGGCGGGGGGCCCUCCUCAUUCUGGGUGGUUUCGUGUCUAACCUGUGUGUAUGUGGAGCUCUGUUACGGCCCAUCAUUCUAAAGGAAGAGGAGGCCUGCCCUCUUCCAGUGGACUCAGAGUGUGGGUAUGAAGUUAAACUGCCAGUGGUGAGCGGUAUCCAUACGGGGAAGACUGCAAGUGAUAAAUUAAAAGUGGAUACUAAACAACGCUGCCUUCAGUCCAUGCAGGAAUACCGCUUCCUGCUUAUGCCUGAUUUCCUGGUGCUGGCUUGCUCCUUCUUGCUCUUGGCUAGUGGCUGCAGCCUGCCAUUUGUGUAUCUAGUACCGUACGCACUGGAUGUUGGUGUCAGUCAUCACCAUGCUGCCUUCCUAAUGUCCAUAUUAGGAGUCAUUGACAUCAUUGGGAACAUUACAUUUGGCUGGCUUACUGACAGGAGAUGUCUGAAGAAGUAUAGGAAUAUAUGCUACAUGUUUGCAGUGGGAAUGGAGGGACUAUGUUGUCUGUUUAUCCCACUUUUACACACAUUUGUCUUGCUGGUCCCCUUUUCUGUGCUCUACGGGUACUUUGAUGGAGCAUAUGUUGCCCUUAUUCCUGUGGUGACAUCAGAUGUUGUAGGGACAACUUACCUUUCUUCAGCUCUCGGGAUUGUGUACUUCCUUCAUGCUGUUCCCUAUCUGGUCAGCCCACCCAUUGGAGGUUGGUUGGUAGACACCACAGGGACUUACACAGCGACAUUCUUACUGAGCAGCUUUGCCAUGAUCUCCAGCUCUCUCCUGCUGUUCUCAGUCGCUAUCAUUCGCCAUUGCCAGAGAAAACACAAGAACAGCCUGAACAAAGACCCAAAACUGGAGCCAUGUGAAGGCAAACAAGUGGACUAUUAUACUCCAAAAAAAUAAAGACUUGAUGAUAAUUAUCCCAGCCACUUCAUAGUGUUGGGAUAGUCAUUUGUAUUGUUUCAUAUGUCUAUUUUUUUAAUCAGUUGUAAAAAAUGUUAGCAACAUAUAUUGUUAGCAAUAUUGUUUAAUUAACUGCAACAACAAAAAAAAUUUGUGUGUAAAAAUGUGCCUUUUUACUGUCUCGCUGUUAAAAGCAUUUCAUUCUUAUCUAGAAUGGCAAGCAUUAAAAAGGAGAGGCUACAAGCUGGUGCACAAUGCAUCAAGAUUUAAAUUUUAAGAAUUUUCUCCACGUUUCUCAUACCUCAUGUAUCAGCAAGGAGUGUGUUUUCCUUUUGUAAAUGUGUCUGUUUUCCUGUGGACCACAGAAUUACAGAAUUUAGGUCAUUUUAGCUCAAGCUCCAGUUGGAGUAGGUUAUGUUUUAAGUCAGAAGAGGGCAGUGUUGAUCCCUAGACCUCUGAGCAGCCUGGGUUGGUAUUCAGUGAUGAAAGGGAAGCAAAUCCACCCCUGCCCUGCAAAUGGGUUGUUGUAUGAAAUUGCUCAAAAACAAUAUGACCAUAUAUAUGUAAAAGCAUCUUAUGUCCAUGAGUAGUACCAGUACCAAUUAAAAACCAUUGUGAAAGCAAAAAAAGAGAGAUUUUAUUAGUUCAAACUUUGUCUGUUUUAUUAGUUCUUAUAAAUGUUGGUAAUGUCCAAUUGAAACCUUUAAAUGUUCCAGAAAGGACAGCAUGCUCACUACAACUACACCAAAGAAACAUAUUGCCUCAUUUUCUGUUUACACAUGCAUUAUAUUAAAGUACAUACACCUGUAUAGAGAGCUUUGUUGUUUUAGGACUUAAAAUCAUUUUUCUAGUCUACAGUAUUACAAAAUGAUGCCUCUGUGAUGAUGUGUGAACUUGUUUCAUUAUUUAAAUCAAUUUAAUUUAAAUGGCAUAAGAACUACUAUACACUACAUGGUAGAGACUUAGAAUGGCAUUAUUAGCCUAUUAUUUAUUUUUUAAUUAAUGCAGUUAUAGGCUUCAUACAUCACUGAGAUACUUGCCAAUCAGGGGCAUAACUACAGGGACGACAGGGUGGGCAGCCGCAUUAGGGCCCAGGGUGAGAAGGGGCCCGCAACAGUCGACCAAAAGGAAGCAUAAAAAUGACUGCAGGCCUGACGGGUGAUGAUAAAUGACCCAGGCUCCCCAAGGAGUGGGCCCGACAGGUUUUUUGCACUGGGGGGCAUAAGAGCCAAGUUACGCCACUGUUGCCAAUGCAUUUAGGCUCCUUUCUCAUGCGUAGGUAUAUGUUUUUAAAUCUUGUCAGCAAUUUUGUGGGGCUCUAUUAAAGAAACAUACUAACUAUAGAAUCCAAUUUUAUCGGUUAAAUGACCAUGGAUUUCAGAAUCCUAGUUUGAAUUUGUCAGAUUUUAACUUCAGACUUAAAGGGAUAGUUCACCCAAAUAUUAUAAUUCUCUCAUCAUUU